AGCACCACAAUGCUGCACCAGCUUCAGCCGAUUAAUUAAUUAAUCCACGAGCGACUGCGGCCACUCCGGGGGUGGCUCCCUCCACCACCACCACUGUCACCGCCCACGAGAGAAAUCCCUCUCGACAGAUUACGCGACCUUCCCACUGACGGAAUUAACAUGUAGAAUUCCAUGCAGCUCUCUCUGCCUCUAUAAAUGCCACGGCCAAUUUUCGCAACUCCCCACCAGAGCAGCAACAGGCUUUGCCUAAUUAAUUUGCUGCGCACGGCACGGCAUCUCAUCGAUCUCCCUGCUCCAGCUCGCGUCGAUGGCCAGGUCGCCCUUGGCCGCCGUAGGCUCGGUCGCCGACGCCGCCGCAUGGUACGCGGCGUUAUUCCUCGGGGCGCUCGUCCUGCUGAGCUCGUCGCUGCAGGAAGGCGGCCCGGGGGAGCUAGACGAGCCGGCCGGCGGCGGGCGGCUGGUACUAGGCCGGCCCUGCGACGAGAUUUACGUGGUGGGCGAGGGGGAGACGCUGCACAGCAUCAGCGACAAGUGCGGCGACCCCUUCAUAGUCGAGCGGAACCCGCACAUCCACGACCCCGACGACGUCUUCCCCGGCCUCGUCAUCAUGAUCACCCCGUCGUCGUCCAAGCCUCCUGUGUAGGUAGGUACCAGAAAGAUAUACAAAAAUGGUGACGUUAACUGAUCAUUAUCCUGUAAAUAUCCAAAUUAAAGGAAUCCAAAUUCCAAAUAAAAUUACUUGGUCUCUUUUCCUUCA